UUCACUGUCUGUGGCUUUGGCAGUGUCUCCUCUUCUUCCACACAGCGUGUUUUCUUCCUCUUCUUCCUCUUCUUCCUCUCAAUAGGUUGUGAACUGCAGGAGCCGCAGAGAUGUCUGAGAAAAAGCUGACUUCCAGCCGCAAGCAUCACCUGAAGAGCUUGAUUCUCCAGAUCGCGGCGAACUGGAUCGAACAGGAGCGAAAGGAGGCUGUAGCGGCCAAAGAGGCCUACAUGGCCGAGCACUGUCCCUCCCCGGAACUGUCCGGAGACCAGGCUGCCCUGAUGGAAGUCUGCAAGAAGCUCCACGCCCUCAUUGACAAGAUCGACGAGGAGAGGUACGACAUCGAGGCCAAAGUGCAGAAGGCCGACAAAGAGAUCGAAGACCUGAAGAUCAAAGUGGUGGAUCUGAGAGGCGUGAAGAAACCCGCCCUGAAGAAAGUGCGUAUGUCCGCUGACACCAUGCUGAAGGCUCUGCUGGGCUCCAAGCACACGGUCAACAUGGACCUGAGGUCCAACCUGAAGCAGGUUAAGAAGGAGGUGAAAGAGGAGCCGACAGAGGCUGUGGGCGACUGGCGUAAGAACAUCGAGGACAAAGCUGACAGGAAGAAGAUGUUCGAGACUUCCUAAACAACUUUGCCGCUUGUUUUUUGUCUUAUCUGUUUAUAUGAACUCCAACGUGUCUUAAACGUGUUGAACCAGACCAGGUAGCGCACGUUGUCUUCUUUCGUUUUUCUUUGGUACUUUGUUUGGAGGGAUGAUGAAGGGAUGAUGGAGGGAUGGAUGGAGGGUUUCUGCAGGUUCACACACACACAAACACCAAGUCUUAAACUCCACACAUUCAGGGAAACACUUCACACAAACUGUGGAAUAGAAACAAUAAAGUCAAAUGUGGAAGAAAAUAA